GUGUAACGCCAGUAACUCCACGCACGAGCACGACAAGCUGUAGUCUAGGAGGCGGGGAGGCGUCGGCAUCCGGACACAAUAACAGUGCACGAAAAAUAUGCGGUAACGAGUCCUCUAAGCUCUGGGUGGAUUUGCGGACACAACUAGACGCUGCGAAGGAAAAGGCUGGUAAAGUAGAGAAGAAGUUGCAGCGGCAUAAAAUUGGGCCAGCGCCAGCAUCCUCAACGAAUAUUUCGUCUACAAAUGUCGGGGGCGAAGUAGAUGCGUCUUCCAAUGUUAUUACAACAAAAAUUUCCGGUGAUGAUAUUUCCGUCGCCGAUUUGCCACCAGUAGUGCGUGAUCUUCUAAAACUGCGAAAUAAAUACGCGCGACAGCAAGACAAGCUGUCCAGACUCCUGCGAGACGAGGAGUUUCGCCUCGCUCACGACGCGGAUGCUCAGCGAGAGAAACUUCAGCGCAGAUUGGCGGACCUGCAAGCAAAGCGUGCAGCAAGGGAUGCCACUGAGGCGCAGCGUCGGGAUGUUGCGGAGCAACAGCGUCUUAUUCUCGAAACAGAGCUAGUCGAUUUUCUGGACCGUUUGGACGUGUUGCAAGAAAGUGUGACUGGGCUAGGGCAAAUUGCAGCACCUGAGGGAACGCAUGACGAAGAAGGAGAAAAUCAAGGAGGAGGUGACAAUGUGAAUGGCCUUGCGAUCGUUGCUAUGGAGAACGCUGAUGGAAAGGGCGCAAAGUCUCUCAGUCAGCUGGGUGAAGACGGCGCCAAUAUUGCCCCUGUUCAAACCCAGAGCGAUCGACGCAGAGGGAGUGAAGUCGACCACUCUACUACGGCUUUUCGUGAGGAACAAAGGGUCGUUAGCAAACCAGAAGAUCGAUUGACAAAACAAAACCUUCUUGAUCCAUUCUUGCGAAGUGACCAUAGAAGAAGUCGAGAAAACUUGCCAUCCGGUAAUAUUCUGCUCGGGGGUCCUGUCGUGGCGUCUCCAUCGCCGUCCUUUGGGGUGCCUGAAGAUAAUAUCUCUUCAACAAGUUGCGACGCAGAAAUCUCGGAACCGAGUCUGCCCAAGCCACGCGUGACCACAGUUGUCUCGAGAGCUCGAACGUCGAGACGCCAAUUAGAGGACGAUAGUCAGAGUCGUGGCGGAGGGAUAUCCCUAAUUGCGGAUGAUGAUGCGGCAUUACUAGAAGUACAGCAUAGCCGCAUGCGGGGACGUACCACGACCGUUGGCCGAAAGAGCAUUUUGGUGACCGCAAGGCAAAGAAGAACGGCACAGCUCAUGCGAGACACCGAGGCGAGACUCACCGAGCACUUGCUGGAGUUCAAAAAAUGUCUUUUCUCCGGCCGACCGAGUAAGGCGAAGAGUGCGCGGAUGUCUUCAAAGUUACUCUUACCGCAGGAUCUGGAAGCGAUGCAACAUGAUCAAACUGUCACCAGAAGUACGACUGUCGCGAGAACGAGCGAUGACGCGGAUCCACCUGGGGAUGAAGUUCGAGUUUCAGAAACCAUAAUAAGACUUCCAAAUGAGAGUCCUGCAGGCGACCUCGACGGACCUCGAGGCUUUCUCUCUGACGGCACUCGUGGUUCCUCUAAAACCAGUGUGAUAAGACGCGAGAACAAGCGCAAAGAAGUAAUAUGCACCGACUCGGGCGGCUUGGCUCCGGCUCCGAGCACAACUACCGCAGCCACCCCUGGAGGAGAGGGCGCUGUGCUUGUAGAUUAUACGGGGGUAGAGCACAGGGACAAAGCUCUGUUACAGGAAAACCGUGUUUCUUCUACCAGUAGGUCUUUGUCCAGAAAUAGUAAGGACAAGAACAACCACUCUCACUCUCAUCUCGAACAACGAACGGACAAGCUAUACCAAGGCACUGCUGUACCUCGUAUUUUUGUGACAAGCGCCUCCGGAACCUUUUCGAAUGCGUCGUGCGAUGGAGAAAUCGAAGUCGAUGCUCACCCGGCGGUUAUCGGAGCUCCUGGUCGUGACGCAAACGCUCGGCUUCAUGUCCCUACGGGUUCCACUUCCAGUUCAUCUUCGUCUGCUUCCACAACGGCUAAUUCCGCGGGCAAGCUAGACCUCGCGCUGCGACCAGGUGAAGUAGAAGAGCGAUUUCAGUCGCUGCCUUGUUCAGAAUACCACGAUGCUAACUCUGGACGUCAUAGUGCAGGUGGACUGUCAGCCUCGUCGCUUCGUACUGCAGAAAGUAGCUUGGUGACACCACAAUCGAUCUCUAUUAUAUCCGCACCUAUACGAUCGCAUCUGAAAGAACACUACAAUAUGGUCACCGGUUCUAGCAGUGUUGUCAAAGGUUCAGGUACAACCGGCAGGGGUACUAGUGCUGCAUCAAGAAGCGCUUGUACUACUCCAAACUUUACCAGCGCUUCAACUAGCAACAACAAGAUCUUGCGGAAAAACGUAAACGUGAUGAGCCCGGCACAAUUUGUAUCCUGCUCUGACGAGAUCAUUAAGUCAAACAAUAAUUCUACAGCUGUGCGUCGAGGUGCACAUUCUUCGUCUUCAACAAAGAGUGUGAUUCAACUUGAAGAACGAGAAGCUGGAGACCAUUCACCUGAGAUGCAGCUGAAAGCAAGUAGGGACACGGCGCAAAGCCUCAUGCUUUUCGCUGAGGAGCACUUGUUGGAGAGCGGAGGCAGUGCUGGCGGGAGCUCUUCAGUGGUCAAGUCGCGGCCAGGCAACACAAUGGCUCGAUGGUCUCAACUGUGUCAGAGGAGUUCAAUCAGUAAUACACGCCAAGGCCUCUACAACCAUUACAAUAACGAGGCAGACGAACUACAACAGCAACAAACUGAAAUUACCAAUGGUAAUCGAGGACGAUCCUCUUCUAGAAGUAGCACGUUGCAACCGUUAUCCGAUUUGGCUCUCCGAAAGACCGAGCAGAUCAUCCGGGAAGAGAUGCCCGACGAAGCGACGGGAUCGAUGGGGUUUCUCGAGGCCUUCCAGGAGGAGGAAAUAGUGGAUCAUGGGACACCAGGUGAACAAGUACUAGAAGAUAGUGAAGAAGAGCGCAUGAGGAAGGGACAAAGUGUUCAAAGUGUCACAAACACGGAACAAGCAAACAAGGUCGACGAGCUUCAUGUAGAGCCAGCCGACAACGAUGAGGUUACUAGACCGUCUGUCCUUGUAACAUCUUCUGUCGACCUUGCGCCGUCCAAGGAGCCAUCAUCUGCUUUUGCUGCGAAUGAAGCCGGUACUGACAAGAAAAAACAGGACCCUACAAUUGUCGACACCCAACCGAAAGCGGUACGCUUCACUGUUUUGCCGGACGGAGUAAUAGAUGGGCGCGAAGAUAGCGCAAACAGGGUAGAUCUUGGUGCAGAGAGCAGGGUCUUAAGGGAUCAAAGCCGCGUCAGGGAAUGGGAAAUGAAUGUGGCAAGGAAUAGCAACAAGGAUGAUGAAGCGAUAACAUCACCUAAGUGUGCCGCUUCUCCUGCAUCAAGGAGUUGUAAUGCUGCUAGCCCACAGAACGCGAGCUUGGCAAUAGAAGAACACAAUGAUAUCGAGGAUAUGCCCCAAUCCGUGUCCUCCUCUCUUACGCGGCUCCUGCCUGAGAGCAUCUGCAGUAAAAACACUGUAGCUCUUACUGAUUCGUUAUCUCGGGAUGAGAACAGUCGUGAAGGAACGACAACUGCUAGGAAUGGGUUGCCUUCGGUAACGAGCCCCGUGAGCAUUUCCUCGUCAGAUAAGAAAGGUCUACCACAGGAAUCAACAAGAGAAGUAGGAGAAGCUACGCACGUCGCAGAUGUUGAAGGAGCUGGCCUCCAGGCGAUGGCGAAUCUGCGAGAGGACGUUGCAGAACCAAGUUCCAUUACAGAAUCCGCCAAAAUGAAUCAACAAAUCCCUAUCAUCGCUGAAGAACGUGAAGGUGGAGGUGGACCUGGUGCGUCAUCAAAAACAAUGACAGAGUCAUUAGGACUUGGUGCUGAUAACGGUAUAUUAGCGACCACGAAUGUUGGUCUUGCAGAGCCAAACUCCGCCCUUUUGGGUAGUAGCAUGUGGGCUCCGCCGAAAGGUCUGAAGCUCUUUUCCCGGUCCCAAACGCAGCCUUUCAACGGAGCAAAUGCUACAAGGCCUUCAUCUGGCAAUAGUAACACAGCUGCGAAAACGUUUCGGCGGUCUAAGAGCUUCAACGCAUUGGAUCAGGUUGUUGAGGAGACAAAUUCAAGCCAAAACAAGCCUAGAAAUGCGGAUGUAUCUUCAUUAUCCACGACAUCCUUACCCCCAGUACCAGUUUCCGUUUACGCAGACCCAGACUCCAUAAAGGUCGACAACUUACUGUUUGCGAAAAGCGCGGCGAAAAGCAAGCUUGGUGACAGAAUGGGCACGAACAAGCAAGACGAAAAGACUUCAUCUGGCGUUCUUGUUGUACCCAACAUAAGCAAAGCUAAUCAUAAGGGUGGACAGCGCGAGAAAGUGAUGGGCGAGCACAGGAGUAGCAUAGUACAACAAGAAAAAGGUGGUGGCCCCUCCACCUCCUCGUCAACAUCUUCUUCAUCUUCCAGAUCAACAUCAUGCUCGCAUCAAAAUCCUGUUCCCCCAGUACAAACACAGCAUCAACUGCUUUUAUCGCCCGGUUUAAGCAAAGGAAGUAGCGACCAAAACAGGUUGUCCCAUUCGCCAUUGCGAUCCACAUUGGUGUCCCAGCAUGGUCAUAUACUGCCAGAGGACGCCUUGGAAAAAACGAUCAAAGAGUUCGAUGCGGCAGAGAUGCAAAAUGAGAUAUGCCGCUUGUUUCGCCGACACGCCACUGGCGGGACGCUUCACUGGGGUCAUGGAGAAGUGCGGUCGUUCAUUGGGGAGCUCUUUUCGAAAUUCUAUGCUAACGCGGAUCGCAUGCCCGCGGUGACCUUCAAACAGAACUUCAUCGAAAUCCAGAGACAGCACUGUGAUCACUUGGGGGACGAUCAGCUGCUCGACCUGAAGGGAGCGGCGGAGUUUGCGAGAAAAAUGCUGCUGAAAAUGAAGUUCUUUCGAGCGGAAUUCGAGCGCCGUGGCUCCGUGCGGCCGAGUCAAGUCGUCUUGCUGCCUCCUGGUGGAGUACGACAAGGAGGACAGAAAUAAAAUUGAUGAAUCGGAGAUCUGAAUAGACAAAGUCAUCAAAGCCCGGGAGAUGGUGAUCAAAUAGUGGGCGUGCCACUUGGGAUCAUGUAUUUUUUGGAAAUUUGAUUAUCACAGCAAG